AUGGCACCACUGUGCGACAUAAGGCCUUAUGCGGCACUUAUUCGAAGAUUUUGCGCCGCGUCGGCACGACCAGGCUCCACGCAGCCGUCUAAAAAUCCGCCGACGUCGGACAUGAGCUUCGAGGAGAUCUUUGCCAAGGCCAAACCCACGCAGCAACACAAGAUUAGUGAGGAGGGCUCGUACGACGCGCUCUACCAGGAGUGCAUGUCAGAUAUAUAUCGCAGGCGAGCUGAAGCCGAUGGUUACACAGACGAGACGCGAGACUCACCAGAAGUGCUUGAAUUCACGCGCAAGGAGCGUGAAAUCACUAGAGCAAUAUUCAAGAGGGCCAAUCCGUGCCAACACGUCAUGAUGCAACAGCUGAUGCCCAAACUCGACCAAAGAAACGAGUACAUCGAUCCCUACUGGGAUCCAUUCAAACGUCUGGAUGGGUUAAAGUUGCAAGUGGCAGCGGAGUUCAACGACCUUGCCAGACUCAUCAGCGCUGCGGAGGUGCGUAAACAACGGAAAAUGAUAAGAGACGCCGCUGAAAGUUUCGACAAGUUUGGCGACCCUUACGCGAACGAAAGCGAGCCUAAGGAGGCGUCGGAACCGCUGGCUAGUAACCUAAACGAUCGCUUCUGGGACCCAGACGUCGACCGCCGCCUGGUUUUACAGAACAAUAGACGACCAUUCUCGUUCAGAGGUCGGGCCGCUACAAAGUGUAUUAACGCUUUGACAGACCUACACGUGCUACACAACUUCGUGGCGGAGAAUGGGCAAAUACUGCCGCGAAGGUUGACCUUCGCAACGAGGCAGCAGCAGAGACAAAUCUUCAAGGCCAUACGAGUGGCACGUCAAAUGGCGCUUUUUCCUUACGAAUGGAAGCCACGAUAUCGGGACAGGAUACCGCUUAUGGACCCGCAACAGUACCUGGCUGACGAACUGUUCCACCGGUACGCAUACCUGGGAGAUCUCCGAGCGAAGGCUAUGCUACACGUUGUAAUGAGAAAAUACCCACACGUAAAUUGCUUUAGGUUUCUCAAGCACGAGGCGCAACGAUUCACAAACGGCGCCAACUUCAAGGAGACCCUCGACGAGCACAGAAAUAACUAG